UAGACACUCCAUCUAAAAUUGUUUGAUCAAACAAAUCUUGCGCGCAUCAAUGUAAUGCCACUCACUUAUGGAUUAAUUUUAUUUGUUCAGCAAAAGCAAUGCAUGAUCGUCGAUUUAGCAAAUAUUCUGUGCAAACGAAAAGAAAAUGUUGUAUUUUUACUUUAACUGAAGGAAUACUGACAUAGGUAUUCCACCAUGUCUGAUCGCCACCCAGCAGUCCGAUGCAUGCACCAUUGGCCAACACGGGCGUUAUGCCUCUUCCUGAUUAUCAUACAAGCGGCUUCCCUGAACUGGUACCUCAUGGAUCAUCUGUCAAUGAACUGGGCGGCUGUGUACGCCGCCGACGCCGUCGUCAUUACGCUUUUCAUUGCCUCAUUUGUAAUGGCAACCUCAAAUAUCAACCAUGAGAAACACAGCAAUGAUCUAACCUUUGCUUCUGCCUCACAUCUCCCUCUCAGCUAUAUUUCGUGGUUUGCCUAUGCAGUAGUGUUGGAUAUCAAGAUCAUUAUGGUAUUUACGAAGUUUUCGACAGAUCUGGAUGAAGAUUAUUUCUUUGGGCCAAACACCAUGAAGACAACUCUUGCCCUCGCUGGAUUAGUGUUCUUGACUUUUCUACCCACACAACAUGACGCCCGAGCUGGGCAUAGAAGAGAAAUUAUCAACACAUUGACUGCCACCGUAAUAUUUGACAUUCUAGACGGAGUUGAUAACUUAGAGAAUCUUUUUGAUAAAGAUGUGCGUGAUUCCUACCCACCAGGCCUUGAUAAUGCAGUUAUUGGAAUUUGCUGCGUUAACUUCCUGUUACCCACAGUUCCAUUGUUUACAUUAGCGAAAACGAGGUUCGGACUAACUAAACUUCCGGAAAGGCUAGAAAUCUUUCACAAAGUUGCUAUCGCAUUUUUGGUGAAUUUGCCGUUGUUUAUAACACGGAUGGUCACAUGGCAUGGCAUAUCAGCGGGCAUUUCGAUAUUUUUGUUGAAGAACGUAAUCGCUAUGGGGGUUGUGACAUUCGAGUUGGUGGAACACCUUUGUUGUAAAGCCCCUAAACGAGAUUCAGAUAACGAACUUGAUCGCUAUCGGACAAAUUGAGACCAAAAUGUGACAUAAGUGGGUUAUAUGCCCCAAAUAAAUAACACAAUGAAAAGUACAGGGAAAAUACAUAGAUAUGAAAUCCCGACUUAAAGCUUUCAAAUUAGUGCAUUAGUCACGCGUUAUUACUGAUCACUAUUUUCAUUGUUGAGAAAUGUUAUUCAUAUUGAUGAGUGAACUUUCUGAGUUUAGUAUUAAAAUCAUUACAAGGGUCAAAAGGAAGUUCAUUAUGCAGUUACCUAAAUUCCAUUCUAUAACAUCCAAUAGAAAACAACCAAAUCAAUAAUAUUUCAA